AUGAGCGCAAUCAAACUGGACGAUAAAGCGUUGGACAACACACACGAUCUCUCGUUCGAUUUCCCAGCAGAGAAUAGUCAAACUUCUGUAUCGUACGUUACUCAUACGAAUGCAUCAUCUGUAUCCGAACACAAGAUCGUCACGGAUUGUGCAACAGAAUGUGAAGUUUUAAACAACGCUGUGAAGGCCCAAUCUGAAGCAGAAAAAUGUGAAAAUUUAUGCGGAAGUGAGAAAACAGAAGUAACAACCAACUUCGAUGAAUACAAUAUUCCGACAGUUUCCUUGAAUUACGAUCAAAUAUUCAAUUUAAAUCACGAAAAUCCGCCUUAUUUUAAUUCUAGUAUAAAUAAUUGUGAUGUAUCGCUUUACGAUUAUUUUGAUUGCAACGACACGACAAUUCAAGAAGAAGAUUUCGAAGAUAGUGAGAAAACAAUUCAAAACCAAUUUUUAACGGAUGAUCAACAUCCAAAUUCUUUGAACAAUUUAACAGAAUUUCAAAACAGUCUCGACAUUAAUUCAAUGUAUGAAAAAAUAUGUCAAACAAGAUGUGGGAAAGAAAACUUCGCCGAUUCAGGAAUCUCUAAUAAACUAAACAUAGAAGAUGAUAACAAGAUUAUCCUACAAGCUGUUGAGAAUUGUAUUAAAUCGCAGAAUAUUCCUGAAAGAAACGAUGUCACUUGUAACAUUGUUGAAGAAGACACAAAAAGUAACGAGAUAAAGCUUGCACAGAAUGCUAAGUUUAUAAAUAUUGAAGAUUCUCUUCAAGAAGAAUCAGAUAUAAAAGACUUAUCAGUUUCAGCAAUAGAAUCUGAUAAUUGUUUUAUAAGUAAUAAUGAGAAUUACUUUAAAAAUCACGUCGAUCUCUCGAAACGUAUAGAAGAGAACGCGAAUCAUAUGUUAAGUAUAUGUACCGAAGAAGACAGCAUCGAAGAACAGAUCACAGAGAUAAAGCAAAUGGAUACAAUAAUCAAGAAUCUUUUGUAUACUAGCGACGACGAGCAUUACGAUUCGGCGGAGGAACGAAUGAUAGAAAGCUUAUCUGCAAAAAUGGAAGACGAUCACAAUGAUAUAAUAAAUGAGAUUAUCGAAAGCUGCUGCAGUGCCACAGAUUUCCAGCAACGUUCAACGAUCAGCGAAAUCUCGAGUGCAAGUCUCCCACAAUCGAGUAGCGAAUGUGUAAUUAACAAAUUUCGAGAAAACAAAUUUUUCCCACGUCGUCGCGUCGUUUCCGAGACCGCCAUAGCAAAAGAAGAUAUAUUAAGAACUAUCGAGGAAGCGGAGAAAAUAUUAACUGACAGUCCAUCAUGUUGGGAAACGUCAGAAGCAAGCUUUAAUCAGACAACUGAAAAUUACGACCAAAAUAAUUCGUGGGAAAAAUCUACGGAGGAAGUACAAAAUGAUAAAAAGCAUGAAAGAAUAAAUGAAACAAUAAGUCAAAAAGAAAUUGAUUUUGUCGAGGCUAAAGAUAACAAGAUAAAUUCAGCAAAUACGAUUGAAAAGAUUGCAGUCUCGGAGUCUGAAAGUAAUUUGCAAAAAUUAGCUGAAGUUACAUGUCCAGGUCGUCCUAGAACGCGUAUCGAGAUUCGGGAAACUUUGGAGAAGAUAGAAGAAGAAAAGAGGAAAAUAGAAAAUCGAAAGAAUGAAUCGCUAGAGACACUAUCGAAGAAAUUUGAAGAAAUCGACAUACUUGUUGCUAGUCAUAAUUAUACUUUUCCCAAAUCUAAUAAUGAUUCUUAUGAAUUAAAAACUCCAGAGAAUGUCGCCAUUGAUUCUGAUAGUCUCGACGAGCUUCAGAUUCAGAUUGAUCCGAAAAGUUUCGAACUUCCUUUAACAAAGUCCGAAAUAACUGAGAAAUUAAAAAUCGAGGAAUUAGAAAAAGAGCUAGAGAAUGAAAUAAAAGAGCACAAGAAACUUAUGGAUGAAUAUCAAAAAAUUAUUGCUACGGAUUUAGAGAAGAUUCAAUUGACUUUGGAGUCAGAAUCAACGCAAGCUUCCGAUGGCGUGGGUAUCGAUGAAGAAAUAAAAAACGAAUCCAAAGACGAAAAGAUAAGUGAGGAAUUUUCAAAUGAAAUAAUAGAAAUGUUAGAUGAUACAACGAUAUCUAAAAUCGAUUCGGAAUCCGACGAUUUUUUCAUGGAAGAGUGGAAGGAACCAGAAAGGACGUACAUUAAAGGAAAAGUCUACGACUUCGACGAAAAAAAGCAUGGAGUUAGGAUGACAGAAGAACUCAUCAGGAAGCACUGCAAGGAGUAUAAGUUGUAUCAAACCCCGUAUUUAAACGACGUUCUGUAUUUGCAUUACAAAGGCAGAUUUUCCUUCAUUGAGAACCUCGAGAAAUACACGGGUCUAAAGUGUUUGUGGCUAGAGAGCAAUGGUAUAUGCGAGAUUGCCAAUUUAGAAAAUCAGAGCGAACUUAGGAGCUUGUAUCUGCACCACAACCUAAUCAGCAAAAUCGAGAAUCUGGACUGCCUGGAGAAGCUCGACACCCUGAAUCUCUCGCACAACACGAUACGGAGGAUCGAGAAUCUCGGUGACUCGAGUCGUGAAGCGGACGGCCUCAAGUUCCUGAACAACCUGAACCUGUCGCACAACUAUCUACGAGAAACCGCUGACAUCGAGCAUCUCCGUCUGCUGCACACGCUCUCGAUCUUGGAUAUCUCUCACAACAGGAUCGACACCUGCGACGUCGUUGACAUUUUGGGAGAUAUGAAGUCGCUACGCGUCGUUACGUUGAGUGGUAACCCAGUACUCAAACAGAUAAAGAUGUAUCGCAAAACGAUGAUCCUUAAAUGCAAGAAUCUUCAGUAUCUAGACGAUCGACCGGUGUUCCCACGCGAUCGUGCCUGCGCCGAGGCCUGGAUGCGUGGCGGUGUCGAGGAGGAGGUGGCCGAGAGGAAUCGGUGGUUCCAAGCGGAGCAGAAGAAAAUCAACGACAGUGUUAUGGCCCUGAUAAACAAAAGGAAGCUGUGCAAACCGGUCGGAACGUCCGAAAAGGAGGCGACGGAUAAGAAGAAGAAGGAGAAGAAGGAGGAGGAGGAGGAGGACGAAGAAGUCACGACGAAAUCAAGCGCUCGCACCGCGACAAGGAGCAGCGGACUGGUAAGAACUAGUUUCGUCAAGGUCUGGUACAGAAUUCGUGCUUUGAAUAAUAUCACCACCAUCGGUCCCGUCGGCUAUUUGAUCAUUCACCACCUCGACCUGGAGAGGAAGAAAAAAUCUAAGGAGCGAGCCUUCCUCGGUUCCUAUGACUCUCCAUCGUCGUCGUCGUCGUCGUCGUCGUCGUCAUCAUCGUCGUCAUCGUCGGAAGACGAACAGCUCGCAAGCGACGAAGAAAACGAGCGCUCACGGCAAAAAGGAGGCGAGGAAAGUGACGGAAGGAGGCCAAUGGCGGAGCAAGAGAAAAAAGUUUCCGAUGAAAACAACGAGGAGCUUCUGCUGCCCUGGAAAGCCAAGAUUCGAGAAGAGAUCCGACCGCAAACACUGAUCGAAGAAAUAUCGGAGUCUAAACAUGACAUCGCUGAUGAUGCGGAAAGAAAAUGGCACGAAGAUCAAAUUUUGAAUAACUAUGAAAGUAUAUACGAUUCGCUCAGUGAUGGUAUCGUCAACAAUGAGACUGCCUCUCCUAGUUUUCUAAAAGAAGAAUUAGAACCACAAUUAGAAAAAGAAAAAACAGCAGAUCUACAAGAACCAUUUAGUAACAAUAUUAAAGCUAAUGAUCGUAAAAGCGAGAGAACAUUUACCCGUUCAGUAUCGUGUGACACAUCGGAUCUAAAACAGAUGUUAGAAGAAGACCAGAAACUUGCUAAUGCAGUCACCAACGCGAAAUACGACAUAUCGAGCAAAAGUAUCAAGAGCUACCAAAGAAAAAGCAGAGACUAUCCGUUCGGUUCUAAACUUAGCAGCAUCCGAGAAGAGAUGAGAGAAUUCUGCGACAGUAUGGAUAGGUUUGUUGACGAAAACAAGAUAGUGUUCAAGAACGGCGAGGUGGAGGGAUUUUGGGGCGAGAGAAAGAUGGUGGACCAAAAUUUACAAACCGAUUUUGUUGAUGAUAACAAGAUCCAAGAGACCAAGGUUUCCGCAGGCGAGGAAGGUAAACUACGAUGGUGGAAUACUAAGGAAAGAAAACUGAAGAUCAAGGAGAUCCUAAAGAAGCAAGAGGAUGAAGCAAAGAAAAACAAAGUGGAAGCAGAAGAUACCGAAAGAGAUGAAAAAUCCAAUCGCUGCUCAUCGGAAGAUAAAAAGCAGCUGACCGAUGGUGCGAGUAAUUUUCAGGAUGUCUAUGACUUGAUGACACUAAAGACUUGCCCAAAUGUUCUUUCGGAUUCAACGAAAACGUAUUCCGCGAAAAACAUGGAAAAUUAUGAAAGCGAACAAUCUGUAAGCAUACAGCGAGAAGAAUCGCACGAAGUGUUUCACAAUCUCUUUGCUGAAUUGAGAAAUCGGGACAUUCGGGACUGCGUACACAAACCGAAAGUUUCUACUGAAUUAAUAGAUCUAGAGGGAAAACUGGAUUACGAAAAAUUAGACAUUGAUACAGAGAAGAAAAAUAUUUGUACCCUCAUCAAUACGAAGCAGCCUGUUAAUUCUAAUGAACAGUAUUCGGAAUAUGAAGAUACUGCAAACAAGAAUAAUUCUGCAAAAAUCGAAAUUUCGGAUGACAAAGUUAUUAAUCUUUCAUUCGAAUCUUCGGAAAGGAAGAAAAACAUCGAUGAAUCCGACGAUGACUCCUUUAAGACGGCAACAUCCAUUCUAGAAGACUCGCAAAUUUUGGAUGGCAGUUAUGAAUCACCAAAAACUUUAAAAUUGACUAAUAAGGAAAAUAAUUUUGACAAAAUUAUCGAUUCAAUUAAAAAUGAAAAUAUCGUGCAUUUAGUAAACAAUAAUUGGAAGGAAGUAGUUUCAAAUAAAGAUCAUAACGACGCGGUUUACGAAAACGAGAAAAUCAAUGACGAGUUAGAAAAAUCUUCUAGCAGAACGGAGAUAUCACCGAGCGAACAAGAAUUUUCAACUAAAAUAGAACAAUCUAAUCCUCAAAUGGAAUCGCUCGUUCGAAAGAUAGAUCGUUUAUCCUUAGAAAGAGUGAAUCAUUCUUCAAAACUGACAGGUAAAAGAACUCGCGAAGCGGAGGAUGUCGAGGUAAGCAACAAGAAAUCUUUCCUGAUCGAGGAAAUGAAUCCCGGAAGGAAACUAGAGGAACGCAAAUUUCGUAGCCAAAUCUCUGAAAGAUGCAGACAGCAUCUGAUACAAGAAACAAAGAAAUUCGCGAAGAAAGUGUCGCCGUUAAUCGAUAAAUGUAUAACGAAUCUAAUAAAAGAUGCGGGAAAUGCAGACGAGAAAUCACAAUGCUACAAUUGGAGAAAUCUCGAAUACUUGCCAUCCGGUUGCAUUUCAAAAAUGGAUCUUGGUAAACCCGCGGGCGAUUUUGAAAAACGAAAUAAUUGCCAUGAUAAGUACGACAAUAAAUUUAAUAAUGUGACAAAUAUGUACUCUGAAAAACAAGAAUUAAUGACGAAAGAAGCUGUCGACUCGCAAUUCGCUGCGUCAGCUCAUCAUUCUGAUAUUCAAUCGCUUGCCAAUCUUUUUCGACAAUCCGAAAACUCUGAGUCACAGUCACCAGCAGUAAAUGCCAAUGUAUCACUUUAUAAAGAAUUUUGCGAUCAUUUGCAUAAAUUAGAGAAUAGCAAGAAAUUGUUGAUUAAGCCUGAUUUCACAAUGGACAAUAAACAAUCAAGAAAAGAAAUAUUACCUGAUAAUAAGUUACAAAAAACUGAAUGUUCGAUAAAGAAAUCAGUCAAACCUCUAAUCGAAGUAGUUUCUGAAUAUCCUAUGACAACUAAAAAUUCUGAACAAACAUCAUCAGAGCAAAAAGAAAUUAAACAAUUGCAUAGUUCGCAAACUAUUUCCUAUUGCAUACAAAAAGAUGAUGCCAUCAGAAAGUCCGAAGAGACGAUUGACACUUCUGAUGAAUUUGAAAAGCUUAUUAAUUAAGAAAGCGCAGUUAAUUUAAAAGAGGAAAUAAAAGUCGAAAUAUUUACAACAUCGUGCACAAUAGACAAUGCAGAAUACAAGGAAGAGUAUGUACAAACGAAGAAUGCAAAACCAUCGCGACAAAUAUGAAAGAGUAUAGAAACACAAGUUGCACAGGAGAAUUAA